AUGGCGCUCUUUUCAAAACGUCUGACCUGCUUUUACUGCGGUCGGCGCGCUACCCAGCCCGUUCGUGGGCCGGUUCGCAAAUUCCACUGUGAACACUGUGAGGCUGAUAACUAUUUGGAUCAGAAUGGAGAUAUCACAGAUCCCCCGGCAGAGGACACAAAUCGUUUUAAUCAGGGCGCCGACGCCUCGAGUUCAGCCCUCGACUCGACCGACGUUGCAGGAUCCAGUUCAUUCUGUUCGAAAUGUAUUCGGAACCAGCAUUUGUUCCGGUCUUCACUUGCUGCAUAUUUCCCACCAUCUGAUGACCCCUCGGAUGCCGAAUAUGAGCGUGGCUACGCGCAGUUCAAGAAAGGCCUCGAGGAAAGAUACCCACAAGUUUGCGAUGCCUGCGGGCCCCGGGUGCUGGAAGAAAUUCGCAAGAAGGGCUACGAGGCCAAGGCAGAUCAUCUUCGUCGCAUGAUGGACCGCAGCAGAGCUAGCAAGACUUUACGGCAGGCCAGGGACCGCAGUUGGCAAAGCUUGCUUGUUUACGCUGGCGCGUUCGGAUACUGGACCAGUGUUGGUGGUCAGCUUACCUGGGACGUGACAAGCAUACUGACGAGCUCUGGUCCAUCUUUUGAUCCUGACCUGUCUUCGGAUAUUCCGGUAUCGGUGCUUUCUUGUGUGAGCCAGACAGCGCAGAUGGGUCGUCUUCCCAGUGAAUGCUCAAUCGAUCUGUCAUCUACUGCAGGACUCGCCCUCAUCGCAGGGCUUCUUUCCAUCUGGUGGAAUCCAAAAUUGCGCAUGAAGGUAGAGGGGCGAACUGGCAGAUUCGCCGGGUUCGCCGAAUACUAUCAGGCACAACUCAUCACACUUGUUGCUCGUUGCGUUUUCUGGGAGCUGCUCAAGGACCCGUCUGCAAGCGCUCUUGGACCCAGCCUUCCUCCAGCUCUGCACACAUUCAUGAUCGCUUUCACGCUGUUAUCAGUCGUAAUCUCUCGUCGAGUGGUGGAUUACAACACUCAGCCAUUGGUCGAUUGGUCUGAUAAUUCCUGGGAAAGGCCUCUGCGAAGCAGUGGAACAUCUCCUAUCUCCAGCCCCAGGCCCCAAAGAGAUACUAUCACACCGAGUCAUACCGGUGGUCCACUCGACCAGCGAUUCCCCUUAGAGAAGCUGGCACCUCCUUUGCCCCCAGCAAGUCAGUCGCCAGCUUUUCCUACACCUCCCCCUGAGGUGGACGAAAUGGAAUGGACUCCAUCAGCUCCUCAGCCUGUUCUCCAGCCGAACGGGAGUGUCCAGCGGCGAGAGCGGCCGUCUGUUUUUGACGGCCCUUCCCCUUUCACUGGCAGCCUGCCACCGGCUCCUAAGCCGCCGGCAUGGAAUCUCCGCAACCAGCCGUCAGCAAAGCCCAUUGAGCGGGUCGUACAACCCAAUCCAUUUCAUCGAGGUCUAUACAAUCCUCCAAACCAAUGGCAAUUGAAGGCCUCGAGCCCUGAACCGGUGUUUAGGCCUCCAUCAUUCUUUCCAACGAGUGAUCUCAAUACCUCUACUGGGCUCGAAACAUUAUUCGAGCGUGCUUUCGACAUUGACCCCGAAAGCCCUAAGAGCGACUGGAAGCAACAAUCGCCCAAUCAAAAACCCUACUCUCCCCCUUCAAGUCAUCUUUUAUUCCAAUACCUUCGACUGGCUCUGUUAAUGGGAUCCAUGGCCGCCUGGACAUUCUCCCAGAACCACCAGCUCUCGAUUCCCGGAAACUAUAUUGAAGCUUGUGCCUUGGGAAGCGCCAGUCUUAUCGCAGGCUUCGCUCUUUUGGAAGCUGUGAAACGACCUCUGGUGCACUGGAAUGGCAUGGAGAUCCUGGUCUACAUCACUGAGCUCGCAGCGGCCGUUCAUCUCGGGGCUCACCUGCCUCAAGCAUCUUAUGAGCGCGAAUACUUCGACCGAUACGGCAAAUUGCUCCUUGUCUUCAUGGCUGUUCAAGAAGGCCUCGGCGAUCCCUCAGCCUAUUUCACCACAGCCAUCAUCUCCUCAAUUUUUGUCGCCAGAUCAACCAGCUCUAGCUUGGUCUCCCACCCAUUCCACGUUCGGCAGUCCCCCUCCGGCACCAUCCGUCACUUCGCACUCAGAAGCCCCCCUCUUUCCUUCUCAACAACCACCGGUAGCUCCAGCUUCUCCUCGGGGUUGUCAUCAGCCCUGCCAUCUGCACCCAAUUACCGAAUUGCUUCUUCUUCAUCUCAUCCCCACAAUCGCUUCCCAACACCACGCAAGAAUCCUCACAGUUUCACUAUGAGUGACUUACGAGUGAAUGAUCCACCGUCGGACUACGAUCAAGAUUCAGACACUGAAACUGUUGCUACCACCGCCACAAACAUGACCGAUGCCACUACUCGUAACAUUCGGUACGGCAGGCAUCCAAACUCCGAGUUUGGUUCUGCCUUUUCUCCGCGAAGGAACGAGCUUGGUCCAGGUAUUGGCGGUUUGAGUCUAGAGGAUCGCCCCGCGUCUCGACGCGUUACUCGCAGCCAAACACAGCAAGGCCUCACGGGGCGAAGAUUCCCUGGUCGUGCCGUCAGAUAA